AUGCUACUUCUUCCGGUUCUCGUCCAAGGAGUGUCAGGAGAUCGCUGUCAAGGCGCACCCCCAUGCGCACACACCCGCACGCACACACCCGCAUGCACACAGCUGGGCCACCGGGGGUCGCUGGACUGCUACUUCUUCCGGUUCUCGUCCAAGGAGUGUGAGGAGAUCGCUGUCAAGGCGCAUCAGGCCUGGAAGGAUGCUGAGGUGAGGAAGCAGCGAGCUGCUGCCGAGGAAAAGGAGAGGGAAGAAAGGGAGAGGGAAGAAAAGGAGAGGGAAGAAAAGGACAAGGGAGAGGAGCAAGGAGGAGGAGGAGGAGGAGGAGGAGGAGGAGGAGGAGGAGGAGGAGGAGGAGGAGGAGGAGGAGGAGGAGGAGGAGGAGGAGGAGGAGGAGGAGGUGGAGGAGAUACAAAUGAAAGGAAGCAGCAAGCUGUUGCCAAGGAAGAGAAGGAGAAGCAAGCAGAAGGAGGGAAAACCGAAAAGGGAAGUGAGAGGAGGCUGUUGAGAGCAGGACAUAACACUGGGACCACUGAAACGGAUGGUACAGAUGAUGCAAGUGAUCGGAGUGAUGGUGCAAUUGGUGGUACUGAUGAUGCAUCUGAUGGGAGUGAUGAUGCAAUUGGUGGUACUGAUGAUGCAUCUGAUGGGAGUGAUGAUGCAAUUGGUGGUACUGAUGAUGCAUCUGAUGGGAGUGAUGAUGCAACGGAUGGUACUGAUGAUUCAUCUGAUGGGAGUGAUGAUGCAACGGAUGGUACUGAUGAUGCAUCUGAUGGGAGUGAUGGGGCGGAGAGUGCAGCGGAUGUGACAAACGAGGAUGUGAUUGUAGCGCAGCCAUGUGACAAUGUGGCGUGUGUGGCGUCUGAUGCUCUUGUGAUAUUCGCAACACUGCCAGGGUUCGGUGUGGAUCAAGGCUCAGAGGUCAUCUCACGGCUCAAUGCCACCGCAGCGGAUCUCUGGGGCAAGGCUUAUUUGAGGAGCCCUCUCCCCAACGAGGUGCUGGGGCGGAUGGGCGAGCACACCAAGGAGUUUAAGAAGCCCAGCGGUGGGACAAGGCGUCUCCCCUCUGGGCUCUCACUCUCUCCCCUGGUGGAGGGCCCAAGCAAAGCGCUUCAUGCUGCGGUGGUCAUCGGCCUACUUGUCUCUCUGCCCAACCUCUUUCGCUUCUCCCCCACCCUGCCCUCUUAUGCCUCCUCCUCCUCCCACCAGGCGCACUGGUGGCGAGCCCAAGCAACGCGCUUCAUGCUGCGGUGGCCGUCGGCCUACCUGUGCCACAUCAUCAACCGCGAGCGCCACCACGUGUACGGCAUGCACGUGGCCAGGCAGGUCGUGGCGUCCCAGAUGGACCGAACAAGCAUGCUCGCAGAGUUUGGGAGGAGUGGGAGAAUUUCUGAUGAGGAGAAGAGGGUAGACGGCGCCGAACCUCGAGAGGUUCGGCCGGAGCUUGGGAGGAACGGUGGGGUUUCUGAUGAUCAGCAGGGGGUUGCGGAAAGGGGUGGGGAGGACUUUGCGCAGAGGAGGUUGAGGGAGAGUGGGAUUGAGCAAGGGAAGGAGUAUGGUUGGGACCCGUAUCUUGCUAACUACGAGGGGGUGGGAGGGGAGCCGUACGUCCCGCGGCCGAUCGUGAGUGUGCAUGUGCGGCAGGGCGACAAGUCGUUCGAAAUGCGGCUCUUCUCCUUCUAUGCCCUCAUGUUCAUGGCUAACCGGGUGCGGCGAGCAUUCCCCGCCGUGCGAUACGUAUGGCUCAGCACCGAGAUGCAGAGUGUUGUGGACCAGUCGAGUCGCUUCACAGACUGGACGUUUUUCUACUCUGAGGUCCCAAGGCAAGGAGCUGGAACGAGAAUGUCGGAAUACACCGAGAUGUUUGGACUGGCGCGUACGGUGGGAAUCAGCUUCGCGAACCUGCUUAUCGCUUCGGAUGAUUUUAGUAGUGCCAGCAAUGGCUAA